GGGAUCUCACGCCAGCUCAAUUUGAUUGACGGCCUCUUGUUCGAUACGCUUUUUUACGUAGAAAGAGCGUCCUGGAAUUAUCCGGUCUCUCUCGUUCACCUUGACGUGUGCGGUUCCGUGCACAAAUUACGUUUGCCGGUAGCCGCCUAGGUCCGGAAAAAUUGAGAGAUAAAUUGUGAUUGAGAGUAAUCUCUCAUCGAGAUAAAUUGUAGGUUCAAAGUGCAGCGUCGCAGCCUCCACAAGUUGAGUUUUAUAGCAAUUAAAUAAUAUUAACUGUGCCUUGUGGUUAGAAUGUGUUAUUUUUCAAUUUAUUUUUUUUUGUGCAAAGCGCAUGUGAUGAAACUAAUCAUAUUGGGCAAUGUUUUUUCAUCGAUACUGCUAUCUUUUCGAAUUCCAUGUCUGUUUUACAUAGCUUCUUGUUAAAUUCGCAAUCUAUCUCGAUGGCGCCUCUGACGACAUAAUACCACAUGACUAUAUUUGAUGCAAAACUGCGUGAAGCGUUAGCAUGAAAUUGCACCUUUACAAAGCAACGAAACACGUGCGUAAUCCAAAUGUGAUAUUUUAAUCGUACAGCGUGGUUAAAAGUUUAGAACAAUCCAGAGUUGACUGCAAUAAUUAUUCAAAUUCAAGAAAUCAUUUGUUAAGGACUAUGAAUUUUCGAACGCAACUGCUGAAAAUUCUCAUUUAAGGUUAUCUUAUCGCUCGUAAUAUAAUGCCGAAUUCUACCUCCGGACAUUAGUGAUGAAUGAUAAUCCUUCGUGAGGAACUUUAGAACGAUACCAUUAUGUCCGAAGUCCAAGAAGGAACGAUAAAACACAAAUUACAUCGUGACCGCAAUGCGGGGCGAAAAGCAGACAAGAAGAAAUCCAAGAACGAGCACGUUCAGGAGCUCACCGAUAAACAGAAAAACCCAAAAGCCUUCACAUUCAACUCAGCUAUAAGGGCUGAGCGUCGUUUCAGACGCAAACAAGAUAUUGAUACAAAAAAACAACACAUACCGCUGGUAGAUAGAACCCCCUUGGAACCACCUCCAGUCCUAGUGGCUAUAGUGGGACCCCCAAAAGUUGGUAAGUCCAUGCUGAUUCAAUGUUUGAUAAAAAGCUUUACCAGGCAACCACUGAGCAAUAUCGUAGGUCCUGUUACCGUUGUAUCAGGCAAAAAGAGGCGCAUCACAUUUAUGGAAUGUAACAAUGAUAUAAACAGCAUGAUAGAUAUCGCUAAAGUUGCAGACCUGGUUCUGCUCCUAGUCGAUGCGUCGUUUGGUUUUGAAAUGGAAAUCUUUGAGUUUCUGAACAUAUGCCAGGUUCAUGGCAUGCCACGAAUUAUGGGUGUUUUAACUCACCUUGAUUGUAUAAAAAAUGCCAAACAGCUUAGAAAAAUCAAAAAAACAUUGAAGCAUAGAUUCUGGACAGAAGUCUAUGCUGGUGCCAAACUGUUUUACUUAUCUGGUCUUCUCCAUGAUGAAUAUCUCCGCAAUGAAGUAAAAAACCUUGCUCGUUUUAUCUCAGUCAUAAAGUUUAGACCUCUUACCUGGAGGACCACACAUCCAUACUUGUUGGCAGACAGAAUAGAAGACUUAACGCCACCUGAAUCCAUGAGACAAAAUCCAAAAGUAGAUAGAACUAUUAGUCUGUAUGGCUAUGUCCGCGGGGUCCCUCUCAAUAAAGAAAGUUCGGUUCACAUACCAGGCUGUGGGGAUCUUAGGAUCAAGGAUGUCAGUUUCCUAGCUGAUCCAUGCCCACUACCUGAGCAGCUGAAGAAGAGAUCCCUUGUAGAAAAGGAACGAUUAAUUUAUGCUCCAUUUUCUGGAGUGGGUGGAAUUGUUUAUGAUAAAGAUGCCGUCUAUGUUGAAUUAGGAGGCAGCCAUUCCCAUCAUGAAAAAGAAGGACAAAAUACAGAAUUAGUAAACUCUCUCAUGGAUACACAGGAAACUAUUGACAAAAAAUUACGGCACAGUGAAAUGCAGAUUUUCAGUGGUGCUGAGCCAAUUAAAUCUGAGGAUGUUAGAGACAAUAUUAAUACUAGCUUAAAAAAUGAAGCGAUCAUUGGGGAAAACUGGAUCAGGCGAAAGGUGAUAUUUAAUGAUGAGAGAGAAGAAGAACUUGAGGGAAUUGGUGACAAUGAUGACAAGAAGGGUGAUGACGGCAUAGUAGAAUCUGACAUGGACGAGAGUGAUUUAGAAUCAGACACGAGCAAAGCCAGCAAGAGGAAACUUCCACAAGAAAACAAAACGAGUAAUAAAAAACAGAGAACAGCAAGUGCGACUCUACUGGAUACAACUGAAGAGAGUGAAGAUGACGAGAGCACCGAAUCAAAUGACUCGAAGACUGUGAACACCUCUGGAAAAAGUAGGGACAAGACGGAAGAUGAACACCUGUAUCGCGGUCUUAGUAAUAAUCCAGACAGCCAUAUAAAGGAUAAGAUCUCUGAAGCAUUGAAUCUAAUAAGUAAACACAAACCGAAAAAAUUGGAGCAUAAUGAAUCAGAGACUGAUCUAAGCGAAAAUGAGAGUUUUGAUGAUGAAAGUGAGGAUGAUUUUGAGCUCCAUGCAAAAGAUGACAACUUUUUGAAUGAGGUUAAAGAAGAAGAUGAUGAUGAUGAUGAUGCUGAAGAGGAGGAAGACAAAGAGGAUAAAGAAGAAGAAAAUGAAUUGCAAUGGAAAUCCAAUCUCACAGAAAAAGCGAGCACAGCUUUCACCAAUCGGAAAAAAUCGCGGGCAAAUAUAAUGAAAAUCGUAUAUGGUACAUUUGACAAAUCUUUGGCAGAAGAGAAUGAAGUCGCUUCUGAAAACGAAAAUGAAGAGCAAGACAUUGGGGGUAUUUUCCACAUUGUACGAAAACAGCAGACAAAAAAAAUAGAAGAACGAGAACUGAGAAAUCAAGAAGAAAGUGUCUUUUACUCCAAAGAAUUGACACACGAUUGGUUAUUAGAUGACAACAAACCACUGCUGAUCAAUCGAUUUGUGACUGGUAAAUGGAAGGGAUCUGAGGAUGCUGCGGAGCUUUUAAAAUUGGAUGACCUCGAGGAUAACGAAGAGCUGUAUGGGGACUUCGAAGACUUAGAAACGGGAGAAAAGCAUCAAUCCGAUGCCCCAAAGGAGAUGACUACAAAUGAAGCAGAAGAACGCCGUAAUCUUAUAGAAAAAAAGCGUAAGCUCAAGGAAAAAUUCGAUUCUGAAUAUGACAAAGGAGAUGACAAAUCCUAUUAUGACGAACUGAAAUCUGAAGUAGACAGACAAGCACAACUGAACAAAUCAGAAUUUGAAGGGAUCGCUGAUGAUGUUAGAGUACAGCUUGAAGGAUAUCGACCAGGGAUGUACAUCCGUGUAGAACUUGAUUCUGUUCCCUGCGAACUACUGACCAACUUAGAUCCAACAUACCCCUUAAUAGUUGGCGGACUUCUGCAUGGAGAAGAAAACAUUGGUUUUGUACAAACUCGGAUAAAGAAACAUCGUUGGCAUAAAAAAAUUCUGAAGACUAAAGAUCCACUCAUAAUUUCCGUCGGUUGGAGAAGAUUCCAAACUAUACCAGUAUAUUCUAAACUCGAAGACGAUCUGAAAAAUAGAAUGCUUAAAUACACACCUGAACACGUUACUUGUAUGGCUCAUUUUUGGGGGCCGAUUACUCCUCAAGGAACUGGAGUACUCGCAGUGCAAGAUGUGGUCGCCAGACAAGCUGGAUUCCGCAUAGCAGCAACAGGUUCAAUUGUUGAAUUGGAUAAAUCAACUUGCAUAGUCAAGAAAUUGAAACUUACAGGCGUUCCCUUGAAAGUAUACAAGAAGACAGCUUUCAUCAAAGGGAUGUUUAAUUCCAGCUUAGAAGUAGCGAAGUUUGAGGGUGCAAAGCUGAGAACAGUGUCAGGUAUCCGGGGUCAAAUCAAGAAGGCGAGUUCCAAACCAGAAGGAAGUUUCCGUGCAACCUUUGAGGAUAAGAUACUGUUAAGUGACAUCGUUUUCUGUCGUACAUGGUACAAAGUUGAUGUCCCACGUUUCUACUCUCCUGUAACUUCUCUACUGUUGCCACCAAAUAAGAAGAAUCAAUGGCGAGGAAUGAAGACCACAGGGCAGCUGAAGAGGGAAAAUAGUUUGAAGGCCCAAGCGAACUUAGAUUCCCUUUACACACCUAUUGAGAGAGAACCAAAAGUAUUCAAGCCUCUGAUCAUCCCAAGAACCCUGCAAAAAGUUUUGCCUUACAAAGAUAAGCCAAAAUUACCGCAAGUUCCUGGUAAACUUAAGCCAAAACUAGAGGAUCAACGUGUUGCGGUAAUCAGGGAGCCUAAAGAAGAAAAGAUUGCCAAAUUAAUGAGAAUGCUUAGAACUUCAUACAGCCAUAAACAAGAACAAUUGAAGGAGUCUAUGAAUAAAAGAAUCACCGCCCAUCAAGCCCGUAUGGAAAUAGAGGAAGCAAGGAAAAUGGGUAGGCAAAGGGAACUGAAAAAACAAGUGUUCAGAAAACUUAGUAAAGCUGAAGCUAAAAAUAAAAAUAAAAAAAGGUGAAGCCUAACAUCUACAGAGAAUAUUUUUAGUCGAAUUUGUUGUAUAGAGCAUAACGAAAAAACAAAAAUCUGCAAACUUUGUUGAAUAUCUUAGGACUUAUACCAAAACUGUUAUGUACUGAUAUGUUUGAUCUGCGGUAUGAUUUCUUAUGCGAUUUAUAAUAAAUUAUGUUCUCAUACUUUUCAAACCUCAUAAAAA